AGAGUUCCGAAAUGAAGAAUAUCACGAACCCUCUUCGUUUGUCUCUAUUUGUAGCCAUUAUAUUGCUUCUUGUGGGAGUAGUAUAUCCAUAUCCAAUGGAGUCGAUGAAUUUAGAAGCAAAUAAAAUCACAAAAUCAUCGAAGAGUAAUAAUGUGAUUCAAGUUGAUGUUGGCUUGCUACUGGACUCGAGUUGGAAAAGUAAAGUGUUGCUGAAAUCAUUUAUAGAAAUGGCGCACUCGGAUUUCUACGCCACUCAUUCUAUCUACACGACACGCUUGUACAUGCGCACCUUGUACUUCAACAAUGCUAUUGAUGCAGUUUCUGGAGUUGUAGAGUUAUUGAAAGAUCAAGUGAAAGCCAUUAUUGGGCCAAAGAAUCUUGUUGAAGCCAUAUUUAUUACGGAGCUCGGAGAAAAGUCACAUGUUCCCAUCAUCUCCUUUGAUAGCUAGCGCAAGUUAUUCACAUCUACACAUACAAAGCCAUUACUUAAUCAGAAACUCAAUCGCUGACUCUUUUCUAGCUCCUACAAUCGCACUCAUCAAAGAAUUUAAAUGGAACAAAAUUGCCUUUGUCUAUGAAGACGACAUGUUUGACACUUGCAUAUUUUCUACUCUCCGUGAUUCGUUCCAAGGAGAUGGAAUUCACAUGUCUUAUAUGAGUAUCAUUCCUUCCAAUGCUACAAAUAACCAAAUCUCUAAUGAACUUGGCAAACUAAAUCAGUUAGAAACUACAGUCUUUGUAGUACAUAUGAGACACUUGUUGGGAUCUCGUUUCUUUAAACAUGAUACAAGAUUAGGGAUGAUGAUAAAAGGGUAUGCUUGGGUUAUCACAGAUGUCUUAAUUAGCCAAUUCACUACAUUUGAUUGAUUCAAAAUUGAUGAAUUCGUUCGAUGGAGUCCUAGGCAUCAGACCUCAUGCACCUUCGUCAAGGGUGCUUGAAAAUUUCACAAGGAGAUGGCAAGAACAUUCACAUGCGAUCAAACCACACAUGAAAUUAGUGUGUAUGGUUCAUGGGCAUAUCUUGAGAAGAAUAUCACAAUCAUCUAAUGCUACUACCUUAUCGUCACAGCUUUUGCUACCAUAAUUGCUUUGAUUUGUUCUGAAAGCUCAUUUGGCAAGAAAUGUGCUUUCAAAGUAAAGGAUUAUGAAAAGAAACAAGGAUCCUCUUUUUCUUCGAAUAAGGUAGUAGCAUUAGAUGAUUGUGAUAUUGUUUCUGUGAGUGGUGUCUCUACCAAUAUCAUAUUGCCAACACACAUCCAUCAGGAUGAUGCAAAUGCAAAGGCAAAGGCAAAUGCACAUGCGCUUCCGUAUGUCGAUGCAGAUGAAGAUUCAAUAUACGAGGAGGUAUAACGUAUGUUUUAGUUUGUAACUAGUGAUCCCUUUAGGUUUUUUUUUAUUGGUUUAGAUGUAAAUCAUGUAAUGAUAUUGUUGUAUAUUUAAUCAAUAUAUACUUAC